AUGUUUUUGUUGGUAAUAGUUUCCAUAAUUUUAAUUGCCUUACUUGCCUACAUGGACACCAGAAAACCUAGAAACUUUCCACCAGGACCUAGAUGGUGGCCUAUUCUUGGAAGUGCUCCUCAAAUAGCAAUGCUCCAAAGAGGCACAAAACACUUAUUGUUCACUACAGCUUUAUUGGCUAAAAAAUACGGCCCGAUCUUGGGGUUGAAAGUUGGAAGAGAAAUAUUAGUAGUAAUUCACGGUCCAGCUGCUAAUAGAGAAUUUCUAUUAUCUGACGAUUUAUCUGGAAGACCUUUGGGAGAGUUUUUUGAAAAAAGAACAUGGGGAAAGAGAAGGGGAAUUUUAAUGGUGGACGAACUGUUCUGGCAAGAGCAAAGAAGAUUUUUUCUAAAACAAUUACGUGAAUUCGGUUUCGGCACUAGAACUAUGUCUAUCCUGGUUGAAGAAGAAGCACAAGAGCUGGUGAAUUAUAUUUACAGGACAAUCACCCACAAUGAUUCAGUGGUUUUCGAUAUACACAAUUUAUUUAAUCUGCAUAUUCUCAACUGUUUAUGGAGAAUGUUAGCAGGUCUUAGGUACAAUGCCGAAGAUAAACAAAUGAGGGAAUUACAAGCUGUUUUAAACGAAUUAUUUCAAGCUCUUUCUAUGGUAGGAACGACUUUCAGCCAAUUUCCACUGUUAAAAUAUCUAGCACCGAACAAAUCCGGUUAUAACCUAUACGUCAGAAGCCAUGAAAGAAUAUGGGCUUUUAUACGAAAAGAAAUAGCCCAUCACAAGAAAACACUCGUACCAGAUUCUCCAAGGGAUGUUAUGGAUGUGUUUUUGAACGUACUUCAAUCAUCGGAUAAAGAAAACAUUGGGAACAGCUUUUCCGAAGAGCAGCUCCUGGCAAUUUGUAUGGAUAUGUUCAUGGCUGGAUCUGAAACCACAAGUAACACCCUGAGUUUCUCUUUUCUGUAUUUAAUUUUAUACCCAGAUGUUCAGAAAAAGGCUCAGGAAGAAAUAGAUCGGGUUAUUGGUAAAGACAGAAAUCCAUCAUUAGAUGACAGACCAAAAAUGCCAUAUGUUGAAUGUAUAGCUUUAGAAUCCCUUCGAAUGUUUGGAGGAAGAGCAUUCACAGUACCCCAUCGAGCUCUUCGAGAUACUUACUUAUGUGGAUAUAGGAUACCUAAGGACGUCUUGGUAAUAGCGAAUCUCUAUGGAAACUUAUUAGGAGAAGGAUGCGGUUAUGACGAUCCGGAAGCAUUCAAACCUGAACGAUUCUUGAAAAAUGGGAAAAUAUUCUUACCAGAUAGUUUUAUUCCUUUUGGACUGGGUAAACAUCGUUGUUUGGGUGAAUCAUUAGCCAGAGCGAAUGUAUUCUUAUUUAUAGCAUCACUUUUGCAAAAGUUUGAUUUCACCAUGGUUCCUGGACAACCACUGACGACAGAAUGGGUGGAUGGAGUUACACCUGGACCUAAGCCUUUCAAAGCUAGGAUAGUACCUCGAAAACAUUGA